AUGGCGGGGUUGCCGCCGUAUCUCCCGAUGGGGGAUCCAUACAUGCAAGCGACGAUGCAGGCCAUGGCUAUGCAGCAACAAGCCAAUCAACAUCAAGCUGCACAACUGGCUGCUCAUGUGCACGCGCAGAUGGCGCAGCAACAACAACAGCAGCAACAGCAGCAGCAACAACAACUUAUGACGGAAGCCAAACUCCAGGAGAAAGCCCGGAAAUGGCAGCAGCUUCAGUCGAAACGCUACUCGGAAAAGAGGAAAUUCGGCUUCGUCGAUGCGCAGAAGGAAGACAUGCCUCCCGAGCAUUUGCGAAAAAUUAUCCGAGAUCACGGCGACAUGACGUCCAGAAAGUACCGUCACGACAAGCGAGUGUACCUGGGGGCCUUGAAAUACAUGCCUCAUGCCGUUCUCAAGCUUCUGGAGAACAUGCCGAUGCCUUGGGAGCAGAUUCGGGAUGUGAAUGUGCUCUACCACAUCACCGGAGCGAUCACGUUCGUCAACGAGAUUCCGUGGGUUAUCGAGCCCGUGUACAUGGCGCAAUGGGGGUCGAUGUGGAUGAUGAUGAGACGUGAGAAACGUGAUCGUCGUCAUUUCAAGCGCAUGCGAUUCCCUCCGUUCGAUGACGAAGAACCUCCGCUCGAUUACGCGGACAACGUCCUCGACGUGGAGCCACUCGAAGCUGUUCAAAUGGGCUUGGAUACUGAUGAGGAUGUUCCCGUCGCCCAAUGGCUCUACGACCACAAGCCACUCAUAGACGAGUCAGCAUACGUUAACGGAUCGACGUACCGUAAAUGGAACCUGACCUUGCCUCAGAUGGCAUCGCUGUACCGCAUAGCCAACUCGCUUCUGACCGACCUCGUCGACGACAAUUAUUUUUAUCUUUUCGAUAUAAAGAGUUUCUUCACGGCCAAGGCUCUCAACAUGGCGGUGCCCGGUGGGCCGAAGUUCGAGCCGCUAGUGAAAGACAUAAAUCCAGCCGACGAAGAUUGGAACGAGUUCAACGACAUAAACAAAAUAAUUAUCCGGCAACCGAUUCGGACCGAGUAUCGGAUCGCUUUCCCGUACCUGUACAACAAUAUGCCCAACGUGCACGUACACCUGUCGUGGUACCACACUCCGAAUGUGGUCUUCAUCAAGACUGAAGAUCCGGAUCUGCCGGCCUUCUAUUACGACCCGCUCAUCAAUCCUAUUGCUCAUCGGAACUCGACCAAGUUGCCCCCAAUGGACGACUUGCUCCCGGAUGACGACGAGGAGUUCGAGCUCCCAGAACAUGCGCGACCGUUCCUCCAAGAGUGUCCGCUGUACACGGACAAUACGGCGAAUGGGAUCGCUCUGCUCUGGGCCCCGCGACCCUUCAACCUGAGAUCGGAUCGCACCAAACGAGCACUCGAUGUUCCUCUCAUCAAGGGCUGGUACAGAGAACAUUGUCCACCGAACAUGCCGGUCAAGGUUAGGGUCUCAUAUCAAAAGCUCCUGAAGUACUACGUGCUGAACGCGCUCCACCACAGACCACCGAAAGCGCAGAAGAAACGUUUCCUUUUCCGAUCCUUCAAAUCCACGAAGUUCUUCCAAUCGACAAACAUAGAUUGGGUUGAGGCGGGUCUGCAGGUGUGCCGUCAGGGUUACAACAUGUUGAACUUGUUGAUCCAUCGUAAAAACCUGAACUAUCUCCAUCUCGACUACAACUUCAACUUGAAGCCGGUCAAGACGCUCACGACCAAGGAGCGUAAGAAAUCCCGUUUCGGGAACGCUUUCCAUCUGUGCAGAGAAAUUUUGAAACUGACCAAGCUCAUCGUCGACUCUCACGUCCAAUACCGUCUGAACAACGUCGACGCUUUCCAACUGGCUGACGGUCUCCAGUACAUUUUCGCGCACGUCGGUCAGCUCACCGGCAUGUACCGUUACAAGUACAAGCUCAUGCGACAGAUCCGGAUGUGCAAGGACAUCAAACAUCUGAUCUACUAUCGAUUCAAUUCGGGAUCUGUCGGCAAAGGCCCCGGCUGCGGUUUCUGGGCUCCGGGUUGGAGGGUGUGGCUGUUCUUCCUCAGAGGGAUCACUCCUCUUCUGGAGAGGUGGCUCGGAAACUUGCUAUCCCGACAGUUCGAAGGUCGUCAUUCGAAAGGAGUCGCGAAAACCGUCACCAAACAACGAGUGGAGUCUCACUUCGAUCUUGAGCUUCGCGCCUCCGUCAUGCACGACAUCAUCGACAUGAUGCCCGAGGGAAUCAAACAGAACAAGGCGAGAACCAUUCUCCAGCAUCUGAGCGAGGCUUGGCGGUGCUGGAAGGCGAACAUCCCGUGGAAAGUUCCCGGACUCCCCAUUCCCAUCGAAAGCAUGAUUCUCCGUUACGUCAAAAUGAAGGCGGAUUGGUGGACGAAUACAGCGCAUUACAACCGUGAACGUAUCCGUCGCGGGGCCACCGUAGACAAAACCGUAUGCAAAAAGAACUUGGGACGUUUGACGAGGCUUUACCUAAAAGCCGAACAGGAACGGCAGCAUAAUUACCUCAAGGACGGUCCGUACAUUUCCGCCGAGGAAGCCGUCGCCAUCUACACAACGACCGUGCACUGGCUCGAGAGUCGUAGAUUCUCUCCGGUGCCGUUCCCGCCGCUGUCGUACAAGCACGAUACUAAACUUCUGAUUUUGGCGUUGGAACGACUGAAAGAAGCUUAUUCGGUCAAGAGCAGAUUGAAUCAAAGCCAGCGAGAAGAACUCGGUCUCAUCGAGCAGGCCUACGACAACCCUCACGAGGCGCUCUCUCGCAUCAAACGUCAUUUGCUCACGCAGAGAGCGUUCAAGGAGGUCGGUAUCGAGUUCAUGGAUCUCUACAGUCACCUCAUUCCUGUGUACGACGUCGAGCCUUUGGAGAAGAUCACAGACGCCUACCUCGAUCAAUAUUUGUGGUACGAAGCCGAUAAGCGACGUUUGUUCCCACCGUGGAUCAAACCGGCCGACUCUGAGCCGCCGCCGCUGCUCGUAUACAAAUGGUGCCAGGGUAUCAAUAACCUCAAGGACGUCUGGGAGACGGGCGAGGGUGAAUGCGCUGUGAUGAUGGAAUCCCGCUUUGAAAAACUCUACGAGAAAAUCGACAUCACGGUUCUCAACAGACUGCUGCGACUCAUCAUCGACCACAACAUUGCCGAUUACAUGACGGCAAAGAACAACGUCGUCAUCAAUUACAAAGACAUGAACCACACGAACCAGUACGGUAUCAUCCGCGGUCUCCAGUUUUCGUCGUUCAUCGUCCAGUAUUACGGCCUGGUGCUCGACCUCCUCCUUCUCGGACUGCAGCGGGCGUCCGAGAUGGCCGGCCCUCCCCAAGUCCCGAAUGAUUUCCUGAGCUUCCAGGAUGUUCCCACGGAGGAGAACCACCCGAUCAGACUGUACUCCAGAUAUAUCGAUCGUGUCCACAUUUUCUUCCGCUUCACGGCCGAUGAAGCCAGGGAUCUCAUCCAGAGAUACCUCACUGAACAUCCCGACCCCAACAAUGAGAAUAUCGUCGGGUACAACAACAAGAAAUGCUGGCCUCGGGAUUCUCGUAUGCGUUUGAUGAAGCACGACGUGAAUCUCGGUCGCGCCGUUUUCUGGGAUAUCAAGAAUCGACUGCCGAGGUCUGUCACGACCGUUCAGUGGGACGGCAGCUUCGUAUCGGUCUACUCGAAGGACAACCCUAAUCUGCUCUUCAACAUGUGUGGUUUCGAGUGCAGAAUCCUCCCGAGAUGUAGGAUGAACCAAGACGAGAUCACGUACAAGGACGGUGUUUGGAACCUCCAGAAUGAAAUCACGAAAGAACGCACGGCUCAGUGCUUCCUCCGAGUCGAUGACGAAUCUCUGGCUAAAUUCCACAACAGGGUUCGUCAAAUACUCAUGGCGUCCGGUUCCACGACGUUCACCAAAAUCGUCAAUAAAUGGAACACCGCGCUCAUCGGUCUGAUGACUUACUACCGUGAGGCCGUAGUCAACACCCAGGAACUCCUUGACUUACUGGUCAAGUGCGAGAACAAAAUUCAGACUCGAAUCAAGAUCGGUCUGAACUCGAAAAUGCCUUCGAGAUUCCCCCCCGUGGUGUUCUACACCCCGAAAGAACUCGGCGGUCUCGGCAUGUUAUCCAUGGGUCACGUUCUCAUCCCUCAAAGCGAUCUGAGAUGGAGCAAACAGACCGACGUGGGAAUUACACAUUUCCGAUCGGGAAUGUCCCACGACGAGGAUCAAGUGAUUCCCAAUCUGUACCGAUACAUCCAACCCUGGCAGAGCGAGUUCGUCGACUCGCAGCGCGUUUGGGCCGAAUACGCGCUCAAGAGACAGGAAGCGCUCACGCAGAACCGUCGACUCACUCUCGAAGAUCUCGAAGACUCGUGGGACCGAGGUAUUCCCCGGAUCAACACCCUGUUCCAGAAGGAUCGUCACACACUCGCCUACGACAAAGGUUGGCGUGUCCGGACCGAUUUCAAACAAUAUCAGGUCUUGAAGCAAAAUCCCUUCUGGUGGACGCAUCAGCGUCACGACGGAAAACUCUGGAAUCUGAACAACUAUCGAACCGACAUGAUUCAAUCGUUGGGAGGAGUGGAAGGAAUCCUGGAACACACGCUCUUCAAGGGAACGUACUUCCCGACUUGGGAAGGUCUCUUCUGGGAGAAAGCGUCCGGUUUCGAAGAGAGCAUGAAGUACAAGAAGCUCACCAACGCCCAGAGAUCUGGUCUCAAUCAAAUUCCCAACCGUCGUUUCACCCUCUGGUGGUCGCCGACCAUCAAUCGAGCCAACGUCUACGUCGGUUUCCAGGUGCAACUGGAUCUGACGGGAAUUUUCAUGCACGGAAAAAUUCCCACUCUGAAAAUUUCCCUCAUUCAAAUCUUCCGAGCUCAUUUAUGGCAGAAAAUCCACGAGUCAAUCGUCAUGGAUCUCUGUCAAGUCUUCGAUCAAGAACUGGACGCCCUCGAGAUCGAAACGGUGCAGAAAGAAACGAUCCAUCCCCGAAAGAGCUACAAGAUGAACUCGUCCUGCGCCGACAUUCUACUGUUCGCCACCUUCAAGUGGAACGUGUCGAGACCCAGCUUGCUGGCGGACAGCAAAGACACCAUGGACGGAACGACGACCCAGAAAUACUGGAUCGACAUCCAAUUGCGUUGGGGCGACUACGAUUCGCACGAUAUCGAACGAUACGCUCGAGCGAAAUAUCUCGACUACACUACGGAUAACAUGUCGAUCUAUCCCUCGCCCACCGGUGUUCUGAUAGCCGUGGACUUGGCGUACAACCUACAUUCCGCGUUCGGGAAUUGGUUCCCUGGAUCGAAACCGCUCAUCCAACAGGCCAUGGCUAAGAUCAUGAAGGCCAACCCUGCUCUCUACGUGCUCAGAGAGCGCAUUCGUAAAGGUCUGCAGCUGUACUCUUCGGAGCCGACAGAACCCUACCUCAGUUCCCAGAAUUACGGGGAGAUUUUCAGCAACCAAAUCAUCUGGUUCGUCGACGACACGAAUGUGUACCGUGUCACAAUUCACAAAACAUUCGAAGGUAAUCUGACCACGAAACCCAUCAACGGCGCCAUUUUCAUUUUCAACCCGAGAACCGGUCAGCUGUUCCUCAAAGUCAUUCAUACGUCCGUCUGGGCCGGACAGAAACGUCUCGGACAACUGGCCAAAUGGAAGACCGCCGAAGAAGUUGCUGCUCUGAUUCGGUCUCUGCCGGUGGAAGAGCAACCGAAACAGAUCAUCGUCACGCGGAAGGGAAUGUUGGAUCCACUCGAAGUCCACUUGUUGGACUUCCCCAAUAUCGUGAUCAAGGGAUCCGAACUUCAGCUGCCUUUCCAAGCCUGUCUGAAAGUGGAGAAGUUCGGAGAUCUGAUCCUGAAGGCCCAAGAACCUCAGAUGGUACUUUUCAACCUAUACGACGACUGGCUGAAAACGGUGUCGUCGUACACGGCGUUCUCACGGUUGAUCCUCAUCCUGCGAGCUCUCCACGUGAACAACGAGAGGACCAAGGUCAUUCUCAAGCCCGACAAGACCACUAUCACCGAAGCUCAUCAUAUCUGGCCAACGUUGACCGAUGAGGAAUGGGUGGCCGUCGAAGUGAAGCUCAAAGAUCUCAUUCUGGCCGAUUACGGCAAGAAGAACAACGUGAACGUCGCCUCGCUGACGCAGUCCGAAGUGCGAGACAUCAUCCUCGGAAUGGAAAUCUCGGCGCCCUCGGCUCAGAGACAACAGAUCGCUGAGAUUGAGAAGCAGACCAAAGAACAGUCUCAACUUACUGCGACAACUACGAAAACUGUCAACAAGCACGGCGACGACAUCGUCACCUCAACCACGAGUAAUUACGAGACUCAGACCUUCGCCUCGAGGACCGAAUGGAGGGUACGAGCGAUUUCGGCCACGAACCUCCAUUUGAGGACAAAUCAUAUCUACGUGUCGUCGGACGACAUAAAAGAGGCCGGCUACACAUACAUUCUACCGAAAAACGUGCUCAAAAAGUUCAUCAUCAUAUCCGAUCUUCGAACUCAGAUCGCCGCCUACAUCUAUGGGGUAUCCCCGCCUGAUAACCCCCAGGUGAAAGAAAUCCGGUGUUUAGUGAUUCCACCCCAAUGCGGCACGCACCAGAGCGUGACGUUGCCCAUCCAGCUCCCGCAGCACGAAUAUUUGAAAGACCUGGAGCCACUCGGCUGGAUGCAUACCCAGCCCAACGAGCUUCCCCAACUCUCGCCACAGGACGUCAGCACCCAUGCCAAGAUACUGUCGGAACACCCGACGUGGGAUGCAGAGAAAGCGAUCGUGAUGACCUGUUCCUUCACUCCCGGUUCUUGCUCUCUGACGGCUUACAAGCUGACUCCGUCCGGCUAUGAGUGGGGUCGACUGAAUACUGAUCGCGGCAACAACCCCAAGGGAUAUCUUCCAUCUCACUACGAGAAAGUCCAGAUGCUGUUGAGUGAUCGAUUCGUCGGCUUCUUCAUGGUUCCAGAUCAAGGGCCUUGGAACUACAACUUCAUGGGGGUGCGACACGAUGUCAACAUGAAGUACGAUUUGGCGCUCGCUGGUCCGAAAGAAUUCUAUCACGAAGUGCAUCGACCGGCGCACUUCCUGAUAUUCAGCGGUGGCGAAGACGGCGAAGUCGUAGGAAUCGACCGCGAAGACAUGUACCUGUGAGCCUAGAGAGAAGAUUCUAAGGCAGAGACCCCAAAUCGGAACAAAGACCCCCGACACUCCCCCGGUGCCCGAACGAAAACGAGCCACCAAUCGUGAAGCCGUCUGUCUCUAUUUUCGUCUGUUAUUUUUAUACACGCUCUCGUUCCCCAAGAUUCACCGAGCUACUCUUCUCCCUCCCCCGUCUGUUCAACUUGAAGACACGACGCUGAACUGUAAAAUGGACAUCGCCAGCGCAUACAUUGUGUAUGACAUUCAAAUGUGGUGUGUAA